AUGGACGAAGCAGCAUUAAGAGCGAUGAUGCCAAUGUCGUUUGGCAAGAAGUCUGUUAAGAAGGGUCCUGCGGCGAAGAUGCGACCUGCAGCAGCAGCAGCGUCGGAUUCCGUAUCAACCUCCAAUACUGGAUCUGGUUUGGGAGCUAGCUUAUUGGGUAAAAGAAGAGCUAUUGAUACCGAAGAAAUAGUGCUGGAGGAGGAGGAAGAUGAUGAUGAUGACGGAUUAACACCAGAAGAGCGUGCCGCGAACGCCGAACUCGAACGAAAGGCUCGCGAGCGCCGUGCAAACGGGUCUUCCUCUUCCUCUGCUUCCUCCUCUGACGAAUCUUCUGACGACGAAGUCGGCCCACCGCUUCCUCCAGGCACCACCUCCACCGCUGCUCCCCCCUCAAGAUCCAACAUCAUACUUCCUCCCAUGACCAACACCACCCCAAUCUUAGGCACGCACCACAAAACCCUCUCAGCCCUAACCGUAGACGCAUCCGGCUCUCGUUUUGCGCUAGGCUCAUACGACCACUCUCUCUCGCUCUACGAUUUUGGCGGUCUCUCUCCACCCUCGUUCAGUCCAUUCCGUCUAUUUGAACCUACACCGAACUAUCCCAUUCUGGAUCUCUCCUUUUCUCCCUCAUCCUCACAUCUUCUCGUAGUCCCCGGAACCGCACAAGCCAAGAUUUACACCCGCGACGGGGCCGAGGUUGGGGAGUGUAGGAAAGGUGAUCCCUAUUUGCGCGAUAUGAGGAAUACCAGUGGUCAUGUCGCUGCGCUGAGUUGCGGGAUGUUUCACCCGACCGAUUCAACCAGGUUUAUAACCGGGGCUAGUGAUUCUACGAUUCGCAUCUGGGAUCUAGAAACGAUGAGCAGAGGGCAAGAGGGGGUGAUUGUGAUGAAGAGUAAGAGUAGGGGUGGACGGACGAAGGCUACUGCUAUCCAAACUACCGAGCAAGUAACUUUGCUAGCUGCGGGGGAAGACGGGAGUUUGGGUCAUUGGGAUAUGAGGUCUAACCUUGGCUCAAAACCGCGGGGGAGUAUUGAUAGAGCGCAUGAAGUGGGGACAAUCACCAGCUCUAUUGCUGUAGCCGGUAAUACAGUUGUGACACGGGGUGGAGAUGGGAUGGUUAAACUUUGGGAUUUGAGAUCCUUCAGAAAGGCGGUGGUUGAGAGAGGGGGUUUGGAGAAUGCCAGUCCGCAUACGGGCGUCAUAUUUGAUCCUUUCGAGCAUAAUUCUGUGCUUACUUGCACCACUUGCCUUCCCAACAACCGUGCGCAGAGUGGAAUCGUUGUGCUCGACACGGUGAAUCUUGCUCCUCUCGCCACCUAUCCGAUGGAAAAAGAGUACGGAACACCAAUAAGACUUCACUGGUCACCCGUAAGAGACCAACUCUUCACCACCACCCGCUCAGGAAUGCUUCUCAUCUCACACCAGCCUACACGAUCCUCAAAAGGUAUCCUACUCGCCUUGUCCCGCCCUUCUUGCACCAAUCGCUCUUCCACUCGACUAUAUGUGGAUCCGAAUAUCUCAACCUCGGCCGAAUCGUAUCUUAUUUUCAGCGGCAACACUUCCGAUCUAGCCAACGGUGUCCAAUCUGACUCUGCAAAACGCAGAAAACUAGCAAAGGCGAGGAAAGAUGAAAGGACGAAUCUACCGCAACCGCCGAUAAGUGGUCCUGGAAAAGGAGGACGCAUCGGAAGAGGUGCAAUGACUGGUGUUGUUCAAAGUAUGUUCGGCGCUCCGGCUGAUUUGGCCCUUGAUCCGAGAGAGGCGCUGUUGAAGUAUGCCAAAAGGGAUGGUGACGUUGAUUAUACCAAAGCUUGGAAAGAUACUCAGCCUACACCGAUAUAUUCAAAGUACAGCGAUGAGGAGGAGCGCAAGUAG